AUGCAGCUGCAUAUAUUUGACUUUGACGGGACGAUAUUCUGCUCCCCGACGCCCUCCGUGCGGCUGAAGACGUUGCCGAAAGGAAAUCUCUACGCAAAACUCAUGCGCCCGCUGCAGGACGGUGGCCUUGGCUGGUUUCAGAGUCUCUCCACGCUUUCGCCACCGGUGGUGCCAGAAGUCCCUCCCAUCGAGGAGUGGUACGUGGCGCCGGUGAUGCAGCGGCUGCGCGAGCUUAAGCAUUAUUGUGCUAACGCCGCUGCUGCUGGUGAUUCAGUUCCUGUGAAGGUGUAUGUGCUCACCGGCCGCGACGAAAAGUACCGUGGCCGCAUGGAACAGAUACUAAGGCACGCGGGACUGAAUGAGCUGGUAAGUGAUGUAUUCCUCAAGCCGCACGAGACUUAUGGCACAGUGAAGUAUAAGUUGGAGGCUUUCUAUACACUUAUUGCCCGACACCGCCCCGAGCACGUCUACUACUACGAAGACCGAGCGGAACAGGGCGCCAAGCUUCUGGCUGGGAUUCAGCUGCUCUCACGCGCUGUCCACGCGAAUGAGCCCGCCUCCUUCCAUACUUACUCGCUUAUGCUUCAUAAAAGUGGCGAGUUGCACCCAAUUCCACCCGAUGGGGUCCAUCCAGAUGAAGGCACACUUAAACCAUGUAACGCGGCACUACGCUGGUGGGAAGAGACACAGCGCCGCGCCUCUCCUGACCCGCUCAAAAGUAUUGCACCCUUUACUUUUACGCUUAUUAUGAUUGACCCUGAACUAACCGCACGUUGUGAGAGUAUUCUGACAUCAAAAGCCGAGGAUGCCCUGGUUGCGCAGCUCCGGUAUGAGAGGGAGGCAUACAACGCCAGCCACCCUGCGCCGCCGCCGCAAAGGAGCUCUACUGGGCGAGAAAUGCAUCAUUCCUACAAAAAAUGA